AUGGACGUGGACGUGGACGUGGACGUGGAGAUGGACGUGGACGUGGACGUGGACGUGGACGUGGAGAUGGACGUGGACGUGGACGUGGACAUGGACGUGGACAUGGACGUGGACGUGGACGUGGACGUGGACGUGGACAUAGACGUGGACGUGGACGUGGACGUGGACGUGGACGUGGACGUGGACAUGGUCGUGGACAUGGACGUGGACAUGGACGUGGACGUGGACGUGGACGUGGACAUGGACAUGGACGUGGACGUGGACGUGGACGUGGACGUGGUGGACAUGGACGUGGACAUGGACGUGGACGUGGACGUGGACGUGGACGUGGACGUAGAGGACGUGGACAUGGACGUGGACGUGGACAUGGACGUGGACAUGGACGUGGACGUGGACGUGGACAUGGUCGUGGACGUGGACGUGGACGUGGACGUGGACGUGGACAUGGACGUGGACAUGGUCGUGGACGUAGACGUGGACGUGGACGUCGACAUGGACGUGGACGUGGACAUGAAGGACAUGGACGUGGACGUGGACGUGGACGACUUGGACGUGGACAUGGACGUGGACGUCGACGUGGACGUGGACGUGGAUGUGGACGUCGACGUGGACGUGGACGUGGACGUGGACGUGGACGUGGACAUGGACGUGGACGUGGACGUGGACGUGGACGUGGACGUGGACGUGGACGUGGACGGGGACGUGGACGUGGACGUGGACGUGGACGUGGACGUGGACGUGGACGUGGACAUAGACCUGGACGUGGACGUGGACGUGGACGUGGACAUGGACGUGGACGUGGACGUGGACGUGGACUUGGACGUGGACGUGGACGUGGACAUGGACAUGGACGUGGACGUGGACGUGGACGUGGACGUGGACAUAGACGUGGACGUGGACGUGGACGUGGACGUGGACCUGGACGUGGACGUGGACGUGGACGUGGACGUGGACAUAGACGUGGACGUGGACGUGGACGUGGACGUGGACGUGGACGUGGACGUGGACGUGGACAUGGACGUGGACGUGGACGUGGACGGGGACAUGGACGUGGACAUGGACGUGGACGGGGACGUGGACGUGGACGUGGACGUGGACAUAGACGUGGACGUGGACGUGGACGUGGACAUGGACGUGGACGUGGACUUGGACGUGGACGUGGACGUGGACAUGGACUUGGACGUGGACGUGGACGUGGACGUGGACAUGGACGUGGACGUGGACGUGGACGUGGACGUGGACAUGGACAUAGACGUGGACGUGGACGUGGAGGUGGACGUGGACGUGGACGUGGACAUGGACGUGGACGUGGACAUGGACGUGGACGUGGACGUGGACGUGGACAUAGACGUGGACGUGGACGUGGACGUGGACGUGGACAUGGAGGUGGACGUGGACAUGGACGUGGACGUGGACGUGGACGGGGACGUGGACGUAGACGUGGACGGGGACGUGGACGUAGACGUGGACGUGGAGGUGGACGUGGACGUGGACGUGGACGUGGACAUAGAGGUGGACGUGGACGUGGACGUGGACAUGGACGUGGACGUGGACGUGGACGUGGACAUGGACGUGGACGUGGACGUGGACGUGGACGUUGACGUGGACGUGGACGUGGUCGUGGACGUGGACGUGGACGUGGACAUGGACGUGGUCGUGGACGUGGACGUGGUCGUGGACGUGGACAUGGUCGUGGACGUGGACGUGGAUGUGGACGUGGACGUGGACAUGGUCGUGGACGUGGACGUGGACGUGGACGUGGACAUGGUCGUGGACGUGGACGUGGACGUGGACCUGGUCGUGGACGUGGACGUGGACGUCGACGUGGACGUGGUCGUGGACGUGGACGUGGACGUUGACGUGGACGUGGACGUGGACAUGGACGUGGAGGACGUGGACGUCGUGGACGUGGAGGACUUGGACGUGGACGUGGACGUGGACGUGGACAUGGACGUGGACGUGGACGUGGUCGUGGACGUGGACGUGGACGUGGUCGUGGACGUGGUCGUGGACGUGGACGUGGACGUGGACGGGGACGUGGACGUGGACGUGGACGUGGACGUGGACAUGGACGUGGACGUGGACGUGGACGUGGACAUAGACGUGGACGUGGACGUGGACGUGGACGUGGACAUGGACGUGGACGUGGACGUGGACGUGGACAUGGACAUGGACGUGGACGUGGACAUGGACAUGGUCGUGGACGUGGACGUGGACAUGGACAUGGACGUGGACGUGGACAUGGACAUGGUCGUGGACGUGGACAUGGACGUGGACGUGGACGUGGACGUGGACGUGGACGUGGACCUGGUCGUGGACGUGGACGUGGACGUCGACGUGGACGUGGACGUGGACGUGGACGUCGACGUUGACGUGGACGUGGACGUGGACAUGGAUUUAGGGUUUAGGGUUUAG